AUGGGCCUCGAUCCUGGAAACUGGAUGUCCCAUCUGCAGGGUGACAUUCGAGUCAUCGAUUCCUACAUACCUGAUCUGAGAAACGAAGCGGUCGGCGCCAUCACACAAUGUGGAAGCUAUACAGCUCAGCUUAACGCAGGAUCUAGAUACUUCGACAUGAGAUACGUUCCUCACGGUGACGAUGAAACGAUCUAUAUGAAGCACGCGGACUAUCUCUUUCAGACACUUGAAGAUGUGCUCAAGCAAAUCUAUAAGUUUCACUUGAGUCAUCCCGAGGAGUUUUUCUUUCUCGACUUUGACUUCGACGGUGACCUAGCCCUGAGCAACAAAAUUGCAGAUAUUGGUAAAACUCCCGCCCACAAUAUGAUGCUCCGAGACAAGAAAGCUCCGUUCAUUUGCUUGUGGAGCUUAGGAGGGAGUGGGAGAUAUUGGCAGGCCAAGAACUCUGCGAUCUACAUUGAUCUCUACGACAGUUUUGAUCAAAAGACCCCAGAACAGAUCAUCCAAUCUCUGGAUUCUAUGCUGGCUGCUUGGGUCAAAGAGUACGACCCAACGGUACAUUAUGGCCCGGAUGGCAAGCCACUCGACAACAACACUGGCAAGUUGGUCGCAAGCCAACUUGUCAACACGCCCAAAUGGUCGCCUAUCACCAACCCCGGCAACCGAGACCUGGUCGCAUUAGAUACCUUCCGUAACUGGCUGUUUACCAAAACCCCGGGCUCGAAUAUUGGUAUCGUCAAAUUGGACUUCAUCAACGUGGGCUACAAACGAGGGUUAAUUGACCACAUCAUCAUGAUGAACAAGUUCACUACACCACCAAACCUUCCCUCGUUGACCGAGCCAAUCUACUACCAAGAUAAAAUUCGCCUUAGAACUCAAGACAACCGCUACGUUUGCCAAACUUGGGAAGGUGAAUCAACUAUAAACGCCGGCACCAUUACUAUAUCUGCUCCGAGCCCAUUCGUCUCUGACAUGAAGCGACAACGCAGACUGACUCUCGUCGAUACCCCCACCGAAGCCUGCAACUUCAUCCUUCGCGACUACGACUUCUCAUCAGUCAAGCCCCUCCCCUACAGCGGCAACCUCGCAGCAGACACCCACGACGCGCGUGGAAACUUCCGUAUGAUCCCCGUCGAUGUGCAACCAACCAGCAGCCAAGCGCUCCCCGGAAACACCACCAUCUCCGCAAACCUGGAUCUCGGCAGCCUCCUCUACUGGGGCGUCUCCUGGGACGGGGCCAACAACCAAGAAACCUUCGCCUUCUUUGACCCCAACAACAUGAGCAACGACGGCCAGCUUUACAACGGCUCCCGCGUCCUCGUCCGCGCCAUGGUCAACGCAACCGACAACAAUUUCCUCAAGGCCUUCGACGCCUUCGCAGAAGGCACUGUACGGCUCCUGCCCUUCGCGGGCGAUGGUCUCGCCGAUGCGUUGAGGAAAGAUCCCAGCCAUCAGAUCUUCUGGACCAUUGGGAAGGACCCGGACCGGGCAGAGGUGCCGCGGAUUUUCGCGGCGAGUCCGGGGACCUUGUUGACGAAUGAGUUUGUGAUUGGGCUGGUUCCGGGAGCGGGACCGCGCUGAUGACAGAUGUCUUUGGCACCAUCGGGAAUAUUGUGAGUGGACUAGCGAACAGUGGGGUCUUAAAGUAGUCUUAGGGCAGGUUUUUAGGGGGUAAAGGAUCAGAAUUGAUAAAUGAGAAAC